AUAUUUACAACAUUCGCGGACCACGCCAAUAUGAAUACUUAAAGAUGAUUCGAAAAAAUUAUCUUAAUUAUUUUAAUGAAGACGGUACUGUCAAGAAUGAAAUGAAAGAAAACUUAAUCUGUGAGAUCCAUGCAAAAAUUGGACGUGCUUGGAACGUUGGUAAAUGUAAAAUAAGGCGAUGCUUUGUCGACAAUAAAUGUUUGAUUCCUGACAUUGCUUACGAGAAACGGAAGGGAAAUGAUGGAAAUGAUAACGACGAAGAGAGUGAAGAUGAACAACCACUCGACGGCAUCUACAAAGGAAUAGGUAUCAGGCAAUUGGAGUACUUGCGAAUUGUAAAGAAAAAUUAUCUUGAUGAUUUUCGCGAAGAUGGACAGUUGAAGGAUGGACUCAAAAUAGAGAUGAUCAAUAAGUUGAGAUCAUGUGUCGGAGAUACUUGGAACGUUAAUAAAUCCAAAAUAUGGUCUCGUUUCGUGAACAACAACGUUUUGUGGCCAAUAAUAGCGCAUGAAAAAAGAAAAGCAAUUGCGCGAGAAAUUAUAGAACAAGCUAUUGUUGAAGUUCCUGUUCAUAGUUCCUGUUUAUUAUCCGAUGAGCAAAUUGCUGAACAAAUGGCUAUUAUUAACCCAGUUAAUCAAACGAGUUCCGAAUUCAACACUUCGACUUAUACAUUCGCGGUACCUCCUGAUAACAAUGUGAUUUAUCAAAUCAUGCUCCCUUCCUUAUCAGGCCAAGAAAUUGGAGAUCAAGCAAUGGUUGAAGCUUCAAGCAAUCAUAUCAUUCAAUCACCUGUUGCAAUUUCGACUGAUACCAUCACAUCUUUCUUAUCAGGCGGCAAUAUGCAAAUUGGCAAUGAUGAUAUAGAACUACCCAUGGAGCAGUGCGAUGAUAUUUAUUGCGGUCCUAGCAUUAUUGAUUAUUUAGUGAUAAUCAAAGGAACAUUUUUGAUAAUGUUUAAUGAUAAUGGAACAGUUAAAGAUGAUAUGAAGGACGAUCUUUUGGAUAAUUUGAUGGAAUUAGUGGGCCGACGUUGGCAAAUUUCAAGAAGUGAGUUGUUGGCUCAUUACGUCGAGAACAAAAAAUUGAACCACAUUAUUGCAAAUGAGAAGGCAAAUGCCUGGCGAAUCGGCAAUAUUUAUGAUUCUUUGAGCUUGAAUGGAAAGUCAGAAGGUCCUGAUGAAAACAUGGAAGUUAUUGAAAGUUCAAUUUUGGAUGAUCGUUUGUCAAUUCCAAUAAAUGUUCAAACUUCAAAUCGCCAAAAAAUUCGAUCCAACAUCAACCUCAAUAUCAGCGAUUCAAUAGACUUUGGCGAGUCAUUUGAAUUUGAUUUUAAAGAUAGUCAAGAUUCAAAUCUAUCAAGUUAUGAUGGCCCUCGUGUUCGAUUUGUAAAUGAUGAAGUCUUGAACGAUACGAUUAUUGAUGGAUGGUCAGAUGUAUCCAUGGAAGAAAAUGAUGUAGAGAAACGUCAUUAAGCUUAGUCCUCUUAGUGUUAUGGCUGACACAACCGUAGAUGAUAGCAUAAAUGAUGUUGCAACGGCAUGUUAAGCCUUAAAUUUUUAUUUUUAUAUUUCCGGCAAGUUAAGCCUUUAUUGUUAUAAUUUUUCUGGCAAGUUAAGCCUUUAUUCAUUUUCUUACUAAUUUUUUAUUAAUAUUUUGUAAAUAAUUCCUUAUCAUCAUUAUAAUCGUUAAUUAAUUUUAGUGAACAGUUGGUUGGAUAAUAUCCACUGUUUACUUUUAAUCAAGUUUCUCUGCCACAAUUGUCGUGAAAUUUUAAAUUAACAUUUAUCUUCU